AUGACUAAAAAUAAUUCAACUAUGAUUCAACGUAUAAAUACAACAGGUGCAAGACUUUAUAGUUCUUAUCCAUCAUUUAUCUAUUGUUUAUCGUUUCUCGUGCAUGGACAAGAAAAUUUAAUGAUUCAAAUUAUUCAAUUGAAUCAAAAACGAGUCAUUAUUGGUGUAAAUAACAUUAGCCAAAAUUCAAUUACUGAAACUGAUUAUAUUGAUCUAAAAUUUAUUUUUGAAUAUACCAAUGAUUCAAUAAAUAUUAUAGCUGUAAAAGGUAUUGAAUUUACUAUUAGUAUAGGUUAA